AUGUGGACGUCUGCGCAUUCCUCUCUGCUCACCGUUUUCUUUCUCCUUGUUUUUCAUGCUGGCAAAGCAGUGAAGCGAUUCAAAAAGCUGCACUUCAUGGCUGGCGACUGCAGAGCUUUCGCACAGAGCGCCGAAGGUUUGUCCUCCCUGACGCAGCCCCUGAGUCAAAAACACAGCAGCCGGGACCUCAGCAGGAGCCUCCAGCCCAGCCAGCAGGGAAGGAGGCAUCGGAAAGCCCAAGGGCAGCAGAAGAGCAUCACGGAUUACUUCAAGAUCUCCCAGACACAGCAAGUACGCGGGGAAAAGAACGUAAGAGUGAAGGAAGAGCUGCUGGACCCUGUUUUCCUCGAAGCCGAUGAGUCUUUCAGCAGCGUCUCCACUUUGCUGGAGGCCGGUGGUGGUUCAUCCUCCUUUCUGGAGGACGAGGACUUUGUACCCGCUCCCAGGAAAAGCUCCAGAAAACGGCCUCGGUCCACCGCAGCUGCAGGCAGACCCAAGAGAGAGCACGAUCUGUGGGGUGAGCCUGAGCAGAAGCCGGCGGUUCACCCCGAACGCGGCCAAAUCAAGCCCGAACUCGAUGAUGUCGAGGUGGAACCGAUCCCUGAUGCAUACUACGGGCUCCUGGGGACUCGCAGCUGGGAGGUGCCUCAGGGAAGCAUCAAAGAUCUCCCCGCUGAAGUCCUGAGGAACGUCUUCGCUUUCCUGCCGGUGCCUGACCUGUUUCAGAGCGUCAGCCUGGUGUGUCGCUGCUGGAGGGAUGUGGUCAGCGAUCCGCUGUUCAUUCCUUGGAAGAAGCUGUACCACCGGUACCUGAUGAAGGAGGACGUGGCCCUGCGCACGGUUGAGCAGAUCCUGCAGGAUUUUGCCAUAACAAAGCAGCAUGAAGGGGCUGUCCUGGGGCUGAUCAGGUACGUCUCCGCCGUUCCCACCAACAGGAAGGUAGAUCCCGGCGUGGUUCUCCCACUCCUGAGGAGUCAUCACCUCUUCUCCCAGGCCGAGGUCUGCAUCGCCAACACGCUGCCACACUUACGGAGCAGGACGGGGCCUGAGAACGUGUGGGCCAUAAUCACAGCUAUGGUGCUUUUCUCCGACAACAUCCGCGAUAUCCAAAAGCUGAUAGCAUGUCUGCAGAGACCCUGCUCCGCCCUGUCCGUCGUGGACGUGACCGAGAUACUUUACUGCAUAGCCACGCUGCUGUAUGCCAUGAGAGAGAAGAGCAUUGCCAUCACUAACAGGAUCCAUUACAAUGUUUUCUACUGCUUGUAUCUGAUGGAAAAUGCUUCAGUAACUAUGCCAGAGAUGAUACAAGAGGAAACACGGUCUUCACAGUGCAGACAGGACUUCUGGUCCAGUAGUUUGUCCGAAGUGAAACUGACUCACGAACAGCGAAGGAUUUUGAAUCACAAAAUUGAGCGUGGCCAAGUGGUGAAAAUUAUGGCGUUUGCAGGUACAGGAAAGACCUCGACUUUGGCCAAGUACGCGGAGAAGUUUGCCGACCUCAACUUCCUUUACGUGUCGUUUAGCAAAGCUGUUGUGGAGAGGGGAAAAUCUGUCUUCCCCAGAAACGUUGAGUGCAGGACUUUCCAUUCAUUAGCAUUUGGAAGCGUUGGCAAAUACUAUAAAGAAAAAGGCAAGCUGAACAUGUCUAAGCUGACAGCUUAUACCAUGAGCUUCCUCAUCCGGAACCGUGAUGGGCAGUCUCGGGUCAUAAGAGGAAAAACAGUCUUGCAGACCCUCGAAAACUUCUUUUCCUCUUCGGACGAAGAGAUCUGUGAAGAGCACACUCCUAUUUGGUUCAUAAACACCCACGGAGAGAAAAAACUCGUCAGCCGAGAAGAAAAGGAGAUCAACGUGGAAGAAGCAAAAGAGAUAUGGCGCAACAUGAAGGACCUGAACGGAGAUGUAGAGAAGAAAUACAAGAUAACUUGUGAUGGUUAUUUGAAACUCUGGCAGCUCAGUAAGCCUCAGCUUUCAGGAUACGAUGCCAUUUUUGUUGAUGAAGCGCAGGACUGCACCCCAGCCAUCGUGGAUGUUGUGCUCUCACAGACGUGUGGGAUAAUCCUCGUAGGAGACCCUCACCAGCAGAUCUAUAGCUUCCGAGGCGCCGUCAAUACCCUCUACACGGUGCCUCACACCCACAUCUACUACCUGACCCAGAGUUUCAGAUUCGGUCCUGAAAUAGCUUACGUUGGAGCAACCAUUCUGGAUGUCUGCAAGAGCGUCAGGAAUAAGACGUUAGUGGGUGGAAACCAAGAGGGUGAUGUGAGAGGCAGCAUGAAAGGGAAGAUAACAAUCCUAUCACGAAGCAAUUUUAAUGUGUUCGAGGAUGCUGUGAGGCUCACUGGGAGACAGCGGCAGGUUAAAAUCCGCGUGAUUGGGGGGCUUGCCUGUUUUGGCCUGAGCAGGAUUUAUGAUAUUUGGAAGCUCAGUCAACCCGCAGACGAGCGGAAGAAAGCAAACCUUGUCAUAAACGACCCCUUUAUCCGAAGAUGGGAGGAAACCAAGGGCUUCAUCGGGUUGAAGGACUACGCAACACGCAUCGAUGACAAGGAGCUGCAAGUGAAGAUUGCGAUAGUGGAGAAAUACAAAGAGAGGAUGCCUGAGCUGGUGCAGAAGAUUGAGAGCCGCCACGUGUCACGAGAAGCUGCGGCAGAUUACAUCAUAGGCACUGUCCACCAAGCCAAAGGCCUGGAGUUUGAUACGGUGCUGGUUGCGGAUGACUUCGUCGGCACGCUGAACGCCGUUCGCGACGACGGAAUACCGAACGCCCUUAUCGGCAUGUAUCCUGAGGAUGAAUGGAACCUGCUCUACGUGGCGGUGACACGUGCAAAGAAAUGUUUGUUAAUGUCCAAGUCCCUGAAGAUUAUUUUGGCGUUGGCUGGGGAGCAUUUCCUUCGCGUGGAGCUGUUGAGCAAGGCUGCGAAGGAUGGGGCUGCAGUCACCUGUUCUGUGCCACAGUGCGCGCAGCCCCUGCAGUCCAGGCUGGUUGUGAAGAGGCUGCCUUUGACUUACAGCAAUGGCAGCACGGAUGCAGGUGGGUACCUUUGCUACUCGUGUGCGCAGAAGCGUUUUGGAACCAUGACAUCUCUGGCCUCCUUCCCAGCACUUCAGGAAUAACACAUCCUGACGUAAUGAAGCCUUCCGGCUCCAAAAGCCCUUGCUUCACCCUGGAGCCAUUCUGGCCAGUUUUCACAUCCAGGCUCCUUAUCAGGUGGAUUUUGGGAGCAGGAUUUUGGACCAGCUCCAGGAGGAAUCUUCCAGGUCCUCUGCAAGGAGGCGCAAGACUUUUUCUCAAGCCCUCCUUCAGGAGCUGGUCAGCAUGGCCUGCACCAUUGCACAGAAGAAUAUUCACAGUGUAAACUCUACAGGACAGGACUGCUGUUUUUUCAUUUGAGCAUUACCAUCCAUUCCUCUGUCACCAGGAAAAUACUCCCAGUGACAAAGCUGCUGGGGUUUUCCUGACUCUUCCGUCACAUCGUACCUCAGGAAAAUCCUUCUCACCCAACAGAGGAGGAAUGUGAUGCC